CUCGCUGUCAUCUUGUCGCUCGUCAGCUUGUCAUACUAUUUUUCUAGAUCCAUUUCGUGUAGGGUUUGGUACAUGUUUUGAACGAAAGAGUGUGAUAUCUGUAUAGUUUAAAACAUAAUGUUGCAGUUCAUGCUCCUGUUCAGCCGACAAGGCAAACUUAGGCUACAGAAAUGGUACGUUGCACACUCGGACAAGGUAAAGAAGAAGAUCACCCGCGAACUGAUCACCACAAUCCUGUCUCGCAAGCCCAAGAUGUGCUCCUUCCUGGAGUGGAAAGACUGUACUAUUGUUUACAAAAGAUACGCUAGCUUAUACUUUUGCUGUGCUAUCGAGCAGAAUGAUAACGAACUGCUAACGCUGGAAGUAAUUCACAGAUAUGUCGAGCUGUUGGACAAGUACUUCGGCAGUGUGUGUGAAUUGGACAUCAUUUUCAACUUCGAGAAGGCCUAUUUCAUACUGGACGAGCUGCUUGUGGGAGGUGAAAUACAGGAAACGUCGAAAAAGAAUGUCCUCAAGGCAAUAGCGGCGCAAGAUGUGCUACAAGAGGAUUUGAACGAAAACCUUAACUGAUGAUCGUCCUUCGCUGCUGUAGGUAGUAUUGUUUUACGCUAGACUAGUUUCUUCUAAAGUAAAUUAGCAUUUCAUUCAAAUGCUUUAAUUGCUCUGCUUGUGAACCAUGCAGUUGCUUUUGAAUUGCGUAGCAAUAUUGGCGUUGGUGCUAGGUUGCAUUGUAGAAUGCUUUACGGUAGAGAAUGGUACUGACUAAGUUUUAAAACCCUUUUGAAAAAUAUCACCAUUCACAAAACACACAUAACACACACCCACAUCUAUCCAGGCUGUGUGUGAAUGUGGAGCAAAAGUUUCAUUUUUUUUUCGUUUUUACUAUUUUUUCUUCCGUUUCCUCCUUGCACACUAACCGCAAUGAUGAUGCAGCAAAAGGAACUGGAGUGCUAAUGUAUUGUGAAUGAAAGAACCAUACGCAAAACUUUAAUAGGAAUAAUCGUGUUUAUUGUUCAUUCUCUGCUAUUAUCAUGAUGUUUUUUUUUUCUGGCGCAACGGUGAAGCAAGCAAAGUGUAAAACACAGAUCGAUCGGUUGGCAAUCGCUUAGGGGCCGGCUUUAUUCAAUCAAGUGUUCUGGUCCUUCAUUCGUUCAACAAGCAGGAUGGUAGUAUGGCAAGCAGCGGGACUGGCCAGAAGCAAAUGUGCAUCCACACUCAUCAGUGCUGUAAAUAUGCAAUGGUUAAAAUUUGGCUUCAGAAAAGCUUCUUUUUAUGUUAGUUACAUUGUGAAAGAUAUUGUUCUUCCUCGUUAAUGUUUCGUGUUUCCUUCUCUUCUCGUUUAAUUACUUUUAUCUCGAUCGAAUGCGAUAAUUCCGUUUCACUCGUAGAACAAUUGUUAGCAUAGUUAUUUUCAUACUUGAAGGCAUUACACGCAUUGCUUACACGAGUGGUGUUUGGAAUUCAAAACUGACAUGGAACUGCUGGGCCAUGGGUGUAUAUUUUCUACUUCACUUUAAAUCAUCAUUCGAACCUUCAUCUUCUCGAUUACGUUUCGCUUGCGUGGGUAACGCCAUUAUGUUAAGACUUUGUAUCGUCUUGAAUCACCUAGCGAACAUCGCCGUCAACUUCUUUCUACUUCUGUUGCAGGUCUUAGAUGAUGAAGAUUAUUUCCUAUUGUACUAAAUUCUAGUUGCUUUCAACUCAUUCACUCUUUCGGCUACUGGGACGUUUCAAACGUUUCGUCGAUCAAGACACUACCACGCAAAACAUAAACAAAGAAACAUUAUUUGAUCUACAUUAUUUAAAGUGAGAGGAUUUCUUUUGGAGCGUUUCAUGAACAAAUUCCUUCCAUGAAAAUGAGGGUGAUGCAGAAAAAAAAACAUUAUCAUGACUUAACAUUCAAUAUCAUAAGUAAAAUAGGCCAACAGUGACAUACACAUUGCAGCAUUUUGUUUUUCCUUUUGAUGUGCAAACGCUUCCACUAAGUGACUAUAAAAUGGGAAACGAUUGACUGUACCAUUUUAUUCAAUUCUUAGAGUUAGACAAACUUGCUGCAAUUCUGGUAUCACAUAAUAUAUAAAGCGAAUACAACAAGAACCCAACAUACACAACACACAUGUAACAAACAAGUUAAGUACUUAUCUACAAUACAUAUGUCUGAAAAGAAGAAGAAAAAAACGAAAAAUAUACACACAACACGCAAA